AAGAUAUUCCAAAUAGAGGGGAACCGGCAUGAAAUUCGUGAUAGAGAGCCUCACCAAGAACAGUGGUCGUCUGGGCCGGCUGCACAUAAAGGAUGGAGCACCAGGGCAGCGGACACCGCUGCUUAUGCAGACAACAAAAGGCGGCAGCAUUCCGUAUUUGUCCGCCGACGUUUUUGAGAGCCAUGUGACGGAGACGCCACAGCUGUUGGAGCUGACCCUGUCGACUAUCGACCAUAUGUCGGAGGCACUGGCCCAGUUUAACAGUGCAGAUAGGGGACUGAGUGAUUACAUUGGAUUUCCAGGACAUUUGAAUGUGCUGCUCCUACGGGAUCCUUGCGAGACGACGCCGGCGGGUGGCAACGACCGGGACAUACAGCCGCUGUUCACGCGCCGUGGCAAGGAGUCGCUUUCGCCCAAGCGAUACAUGGAAAUGGUGGCUAGCCUCAGGCCAGACAUCUACCAGGGGCUCUGCGAUGCCGACACCAAUGCAGAGAGCGCCAAGAAACGCGUUCAGAAAUCCGUGGAUCGCACCGAGAAGUUCAUGCACUACAUUUACGAGCACAAGAGCAAAGUGGACUCUACCCUGCUGGCCCCCAUUGUGGGCGGCUACAACACCUUUGCGCGGACGCAGUCCAUCAAACAUGCCCUCGAACAGCCAUCAGGCAGCUAUGGCGGCUACGUCUUCGAGGGAUUCCACACGAAUGGCUUGUCUGCAACCAUACUGGACGCUUCCAAGCUGCUGCCCAUUGUCGAGCAUUGUGUUGGGCAGCUGGAGGAGGAAAAGCCGCGAAUGGUUCCGGGUGCCUAUACACCUUUGACCACGCUGGAGCUUAUCGGCCUGGGCAUGGAUCUGUUCGACACUUCCUACGCCUAUUGUGCCGCAGUCAACUUUAAGGCCUUGACGUUUACCUUUGUCCAGGAUGAAGUCGUGCACGUCCCCUUUCUUGACAUCACGGACGAUGCUAUAAAGGAGGAUUUCUCGCCUCUGCUAAAAAAUUGCGUCUGCCUAAGCUGUCAGAAGCACACGCGUGCCUACGUCCAUCAUCUGUACAAGACCAACGAGCUGCUGGGCCCCAUUCUACUGAUGGUCCACAAUCUGCAUCACUACAUGGCCUUCUUUGAGGCGAUAAGGGAGAGCAUAGCCAGGGAUGGCCUGCCGCAGCUGACGGAGCUAGUAAGGCGGCAGAACGGGGACUCCCAGGUAGAUUAUAGCAUCGCACCGAACCGGAAAGUGAUUAGCAAAGCAACGAUGGGCAAAGGAUUCGCCGCAGCUGCCGUGUGAUUUAGCAGAUUUAGUGUAAAUAAAUAGCCUCUUGGCCUUUAUGUGUA